CCGGGGGGAGGGGCCGGGGCGGUGGCGGCGGCGGAGGAGGCGGAGGAGGUGGCGGCGGCGGGGGCCGGUACCGGACCCGGCGGGAUGAGCGAGGCGGAGGCGGCAGCGGUGGCGACAGCGGCCCCCGCGGCGACGGUGCCCGCGACGGCAGCAGGGGUGGUAGCGGUGGUGGUACCGGUGCCCGCGGGGGAGCCACAGAAAGCAGGCGGCGGGGCGGGCGGCGGCGGGGUCGGAGCCGCCUCGGGCCCCGCUGCCGGGACCCCCUCGGCGCCGGGUCCCCGCACCCCUGGCAACCCGGCGACGGCAGCGUCGGGGACCCCCGCGCCCCCGGCCCGGAGUCAGGCGGACAAGCCGGUGCUGGCAAUCCAAGUCCUGGGCACUGUCAAAUGGUUCAACGUCCGGAAUGGUUACGGAUUCAUCAACAGGAAUGACACCAAGGAGGAUGUCUUUGUUCACCAGACGGCCAUUAAAAGAAACAACCCCAGGAAGUUCCUGCGCAGCGUCGGAGAUGGAGAGACAGUGGAGUUCGAUGUCGUGGAGGGAGAGAAGGGUGCAGAAGCUGCUAACGUAACUGGCCCGGGGGGCGCGCCGGUGAAGGGCAGCCGCUAUGCCCCCAAUCGACGCAGGUUCCGCAGGUUCAUCCCCCGGCCUCGUCCAGCUGCCCCGCCACCCAUGGUGGCAGAGGCUCCAUCAGGCGGGACUGAACCGGGCAGCGAAGGGGAGCGGGCCGAGGACUCUGGGCAGAGGCCCAGGCGGCGGCGCCCACCUCCCUUCUUCUACCGACGGCGCUUUGUGCGAGGCCCUCGGCCCCCCAACCAGCAGCAGCCUAUAGAGGGCACCGACGGGGUAGAGCCCAAAGAGACAGCCCCAUUGGAGGGGGACCAACAGGGAGAUGAGCGCGUCCCCCCUCCCAGAUUCCGGCCUCGGUACCGGAGGCCUUUCCGCCCCAGGCCGCCCCAGCAGCCUACCACCGAAGGUGGGGAUGGCGAGACCAAGCCCAGCCAAGGCCCCACUGAUGGGUCCCGGCCUGAGCCUCAGCGCCCACGAAACCGUCCCUACUUCCAGCGGCGGCGGCAGCAGCCCCCCGGACCCAGGCAGCCCACAGCCCUGGAGCCCUCGGCCCCCAUCAACAGUGGGGACCCCACCACCACCAUACUGGAGUGACUCCAACACGAAGGACCCCCCCCGAGCUACCAUCUGGUUGUCUGCCAGUUUUUCCAGCCACCCUGUACCCCACCCAGCACCCCCUCCCCCUUCCCCAUGACUCAUGACAUCAAAAUACCGGCUUUCCCCUUUCCCUUGAGACUCAGGAGGGCUGAAGCAACAGCCGUUUGCUUUUUCUCUGUCCCCUACCAAGGGUUGAAGGAAGGGAUCCAUCCUGUUGUUCAGAGGCACCACGUCCCUCCCCUGAAUCAGGCUGAGAAGGACCCAGCCAGCUCUCACCUCCUCCUGGUUGUUUUUCUUUCCCACCCCAGUUUAUUUUUGGUCUCUCCUCUAGCCCCUACCUCUGAAGCCAUUUUAUGAACCGUCAUGUGCCACCUGAGCCUCCAGUAAAAACAAAAACAGGCUUUC